AUGGCCGAUGAUAUUGACAUAACCGAUGCCGACUAUACUCAGUACGCCGAGGCUAUUCAAUACGCCAACGAUACUGAAUUACCUGAUGUUACUGAAUACAUCGAUAGUACUGUAUAUGCCGAUCGUACUGUUUACGCAGAUGAUACUGUAUACGCCGAUGACACUAUAUACGCUGAUGAUAUUGAGUACGCCGUGAACACAGUGGAAACAGAGUACGUCGUAGAAACUGAAUACGUCGAAGAUACUGAAUUCACAGAGGAAACUGUGAUCUACGACGGCGAAACCAUCGAUGAUGAGGAAACCAACGAUGAUCAGGAAACCAUCGAUGAUCUGGAAACUAUUGAUGAUCAGGAAACUAUCGAUGAUCAAGAAACUAUCGAUGGUCAGGAAACCAUCGAUGACGAGGAAACCAUCGAUGAUGAAGAAACCAUUGAUGAUGAGGAAACCAUCAAUGAUACACAAGAAACCAUCAAUGAUACGGAAUAUAACACCAAUGAUACAGAAUAUAUUACCAAUGACGCUGAAUAUAACAUCAAUGAUGCAGAAACUAUGCAGUUUAAUAAUAUGAUCUACGAUAACGGUGAACUUGUCGGGUAUACAGAUGACUCCCAAGACGAAUUUAAGAUCAGCCCAUAUCAGCCGUUCGAAGAUGUCGGCUAUUUGAAAUCAAGGAUGGAGAGACAACCUGUGGCUUCUGAUUUUAAGAUGUGUGCCGCUUUCGCAGCUGUCAAUACUAAGCACAUUAUUGCAGCAUUGCAACCGUUCCCGGAAUAUUUUGAUCCUCAAAACUCAUAUGCACAGUUCAAUAUGCAACGCAUACUAAAUAGAAUGCCAAGUUUUGAUGAAAUCGAUUGGCAUAGGUUGCCACGUGAUCAGUACUAUCUUUUAGAUUGGAUUGUCAAUCAAGAUUUAGAGAAAGAAUUGCAGCACGUGACGAUUGAAAGUGUCGGCAACCAGUAUUUACACAGCCAGUUUGCUAUAUGCAAACCAGAUCUGGUAUUCCGCGUACACUAUGCUAAGAAACGGGAAUACGACUGGUUACACUCGAUCAUAGGAGAGAGUUUAUAUUUUGGUUACCAUGGUACUUCUUUGAGUCACGUUCAUUCUAUCUUGUCCAAGGGACUGGGUGCAUUUAUGAACUUCAAUGAUCCUAAUGACAUCUACUCUAAUGGAUUCUGGAUUUGCAAGGACCUUCUGGGUGCUCGUAAGAACGCUCCGAUGCAAGCGACUUGGCCACUGACCAAGACUUACAAGAGUCUCUGCAUUGUUUUCGUCGUUGAAAUCAUUACCGAAGAUGAUGAUAGGCCAUUAGUCACUGAAUAUAAAUGCAUGCCGUUCUAUAAGACCAACGAUUUUAGUCACAUGAGAAUCAAAUAUCUGUUGGUCUUCUAUGAUAAACCAGGGGUUCAAGCGGAACUCGACGCCAAGGUGGAAAUCGCUACAAGUAUGCGUUACAUAAUCUUGUAAGCACAUACGACUUCAAGCAGAUCUGCAUAUUUUCGUUUCAAAUUAUUAUAUUUAGUUAAGAAAUAGCGGUCCUUUACUUAGCGAAGCCUAAAUGUUGUGAGAAUCGAUGUUACUAAUACUUAAAAUAGUCGUAGUGAAAAAUAGUAUUAACUAAAUGUCUGAAAUAAACUUGAUGUAUUAUUAAAUUAAGUGAAGCUAAAUACCAAAU